CUGCCGGCGGCGCCGCCAGUGAGGCUGCGCUGCGGCUGCGGGGCCGGAUGGCCGAACCGCCCGCCCCGCUCACUCGGGCGGCGGCCGGCGGCGGGCGAGCAGACGGGGCGAGCCCUCCGUGCCGGGAGAGCCAGCCCUGCGGCGGGCAGCGGGCGCCAUGGUCUCAUGGAUCAUCUCCAGGCUAGUGGUGCUUAUAUUUGGCACUCUUUACCCCGCAUAUUAUUCUUACAAAGCCGUGAAAUCAAAGGACAUCAAAGAAUAUGUCAAAUGGAUGAUGUACUGGAUCAUAUUUGCGCUCUUCACGACAGCAGAGACGUUCACGGAUAUCUUUCUUUGCUGGUUUCCGUUCUACUAUGAACUCAAAAUAGCUUUUGUAGCUUGGCUCCUGUCUCCAUACACAAAAGGCUCCAGCCUCCUGUACCGGAAAUUUGUCCAUCCAACGCUGUCUUCAAAAGAAAAGGAGAUCGAUGACUGCCUCGUCCAGGCAAAAGACCGGAGCUACGACGCCCUUGUUCACUUUGGGAAGCGGGGGCUGAACGUCGCAGCCACGGCAGCUGUCAUGGCAGCUUCAAAGGUCUCUCAGCUACUUCAUUUACACUUGUAUUUGGACCAGAGAAAAGGGCAGGGACAGGGGGCUCUGUCUGAGAGACUAAGGAGCUUUAGCAUGCAGGAUCUCUCGACGAUUCGUGGAGACAGCAGCAGCACUGUUCCUCCUUCGGUCACUGUACGAACAAGUAGCAAACAGAGCCAGCCAAAAACAUCCAGAAGUGCAUCGGAAGGCACUGGAAGCUCAGGUGUGGACAAUAAAUAUGAAAAGCCACCUGAGGCGAACUGUGAAACAAAAGACUCUGUGUUCUCAGAUGAUGAAGAGAACGAUUCAUUGGAUUGUGCAUCCAUGAACAAAAGGCCCAAAAAGAAGGAUCAACCCCUUGAGGCACCGCCUAGGACCCUUAGACCUCGCUUCAGGAAGAAAAGUACCUCGUCCUCUGCCACUGAAACAAUGUGAGUGCAAUGAGCCAAUAGCACCAAGAUCCACAGAAUGUCUCUCUUCUGCCUUAAAGAGCUACUCGUUAAUAAUGUAGGAAGCAGCAGUGGGAUGGAUGUGCUUUGACGUACAGCAUUGUAGACAUGGCCUUUCUCUCUCCUCUCUCUGUGUCCUUCUGUUACACGCUUCUCGCGUUUGUCCAUGACGUGGGUAGCACAGUCUGGCAGAACCCUGCAGGUAAAAGCCCUUGUUUCGUUUGCAGAGUGUACGCCCACUCACGCUGGUCCUGUAAGGCUGUACAUGUACAAUUCUCAUUUGUGUCUGCAUAGCUCUAGCUCUGUGAAUGCACAGCGGAAACAAAAAUAAUCAUUUACUCAUGAUGAUACAUUGACAGUGUAUUUAUUUAUGGCUUUAUCAUUAAUGAAAUGGAUUUGCGGAAGUCACGGAUUUCUCUUUCCUCCCUUCCUCCUCAAGACUGGGAAUGAUGUAGCAAACGUCAAAGUACUUCGACUGUACAAAAUGGCCAAGAUUCAUUAGCAGAAGCUGAGCUGCAACUCUGUAUCUCUUUCUGCAAGUAAAUUAUGUGUAUUCUGAGAAGAUCGCUGUGCUAAAACCAUAGAGAGAGAACCACUUACAGAGGACGAGGAAGAGACAUGCAAGAGGAAAUAAAUGGUUUCAGCAACAUAAUGAAGGGGGAGUCUUAAUUUUGAUCAGCCUGAGCCAGGAGAGUAUUGUGUGGAAAACAGUGGUGGCUAGAACUAGAUCGUAUCGCUUGUGGCAAAUGUUCUGCUGCUGGUUUUAAAGUGUGAGCAAGCCAGGCUUGUACUAGCUGCAGCGACAGAAGUUAGCAUCACCUCAGUGACGUGCUUCCAGGGGAAAGCUCACCUUUCUCCCCUGCCUGCAACAGCGUUGGUCCCAGCGCUCUGCUUUCCUGGUGAGGUGCUGCUGUUUUACUUGCAGGAGCAGAGCAGAGCGCUGGGUCUGAGCUGCUUUCCGAAGCCUGGAGUUUUGCCUGUAGCACGGGGUUUGGUUAGAACCACAAGAACCAGAUGGAGUGGUGUGUUUGUAUCCAUAUAUAAAUGAGAAAUAUAAAAGAAGAGGAAGACAUGGUAGGGAUUGUGUAUUUGUGCUUCAAGUUGGUGUCUCUUGUAAGUGUUGAGCAUGUGAGAUUCACACCUAAGUUAAUUACGUGGCCCUUUGUGUUUGUUCUUGGACCCGUCACAUAGACUAGAAAAACAUGUAGUGUUAUGUAGAACGUGCCCUCACUAAUGGAUCAGUACACGGGCUUGACGAUGAACAGUACUGUUAAUCUAGUUCAGGUGCAGCAGUCCAGGAUGCCAACAGCUGGCUGGAGUGUAUCAGGCUCGGAGAUAAAUCUGAAGCGACCUUUGAAACCUUUUCUCUGCCGGGUACGCAUCGAUAUCCCUGCUGUCCCUGGCUGACGGAUCCCUGAGGUUUCCUCCAGAGCUUCCUACAUAUGUGGGGAAGAGAGAAAUAAAUUAUGCGGACGCACAAAUGUCUAUCUGACGUAGCUAGGAAGUGGAAAAAGGCAAGCAGGUAUUUCCGGUGUCUGCCACAGUAUUUGGCCUCAUUACCUGAGAGUUUUAUUUCCUUUACAUGUGCUAAUUCAAUCACAUUUUGCAAUGGGUGAGAAGGAAAAAGCCCCAACAAACCUGCCUAAAGAGCUGUUACAGAAGAGUCAGUCCUUGGAAGAUACUCAGCAAAAGCUUUGAUGAGCUAAGCUUGUGUGUUUUAUUUUUAAGCAGCUUUAGAGUUUAUUUGAUUUCUUUUGGCAAACAUUAAAAAGAAAUAGAAAAACUGCCUGCAGUGUUAGUAGAAAAUAAAAUCCUGUUGCAAGCAAGCUGUUUCCCUGCUAUGCAACGGGCUGCCGUAAGAUGAAAAAGAAGCUGACAAGUUUGCACUCAAUUAUGCCAAAAACCCCCCAACAACAUAGAGCUACACAACAUCUGACAAAUUCUAUUCUCAGACACGCUGUAUUACCAUUGCUUCUCACUAAAAUUAUUAAAUGUGCGUCUGAUCUGCUGUUUUACUGUAAACUUGACUGUUUAGCAUUUCUUAAGUGCUGAGGUGAAAUUGUCGACAAGGGAGUUGCCUUAUAUCUCUCAAAACAUUCACUGUAAAAAGGAGAAAAAAUAAACCUUUUCAUAUCUCUGGCAAAAAUGUAUUAAUUUAUCAACUGAGCUGUAUAUUUGUGAAUAGAUAGACAAGAAAUGUGAAUGCCUAACCACGUACACUUAGUGCUGUAGUGUUCUGUGUACAGAAGAGAACGGUCAUUUGCUUUUGACUCCGCACCUUCCACACACAGGUUGUUUACAGGUGUUGCCCCAAGUCUGUCAUUUCACUCUUUGGCUACUUGCAUUCACCAGACGUGAAGUCUCUCGCAGAUUUUCUCCUGAGCCUCUGCCAAGGCACAAGCGCGAAGCAGCGAGUCGCCUCCCUGCGCUGAUGCUGACCCCUCCCGGCAAACCCGAGCCUGCAGGACUUGAGCAGAGAGGGUGGAUGGAUGGUGGCUCUUAGGCGACUGCUCAUGGCGGGCAAUUCUCAGCUUCCUCCCAGCUCAGGCUCUGAGGGUGCAAGCCGGCUAACCGCUUGCAGAUUACUCCUCCUAAAAGCAAGCAAUCUUUCAGGGGACGGUUUAAACGGCUUAAGUGAGAAAAGCCUGGUUAUAGGGGCCUUUCAGGCAGCUGGCCUCCACAGUCAGCCCAGUAGGCCAGGGAGGCACCUCCUGACUUCUCAGAGAUGGCCUGGAGAGUGUAACCCUGAAAGGAACAGGCCAGCGCUAGAAAAUACAGCCCGUGACCAGCACGAGGCUCAAGUGAAACGUGCAUUGCCGUGAGCAAAUAAAAUCGAGGCUGAGGGGAAGGGAACUGCAGCUGAAGAUGGUCCAUGGUAAGUGGGACCGUGAAUUACCUCACCCACUUACCAUAAAUUCACCUCAGUUAUGAAGAGAAUAAGCUUGAUCAGGUCACACCUCCUCUUGUCGCAGGGGCCAGCGUCAGUGCAGUUACAGCCAUCGCCAAGCGCUGAAUCAGGAUCACGGCAAAUAUAGACAAGACAGACCUCGUGUGUAUCACCGUCACCUUGGAACGAAUCGCACGCUAAUCUAAAUUGUGUAAGUAAGUGCACACCCAGCACAGAAGGAAAGGAGAAUUGGGUUAUUUACUCCUACUGAGAGGGAGAAAGCUGCUUGGAGAGAUACGAUGCUCCUUAGCCUCAUGUAAACAACCUGCUGCCUCUGACUGCUCUCUGAAGUGUUCGCGUGUAGUGACGAAACCCUCGUACUUGUGACCGAAUGCUCGUUAAUCACAGCCUCCUUUUUGCUGUUUGUUUUGGGUACCCAUUUUGCAUCUAGCACCGUAUUUGAAAUAGCAGAGAACACCACGUUGGGAUUUGCGUUUAGACAAACUAUUUAAGGAUCGUAACCGUGCCCUUCAUGUGAUCUCUUUCCUGUGAUCGAUAGAAAAGAGCUGUGAUGAAACGGCACACUUAAUGCCUCACAAGAAUGGCCGUUACAACACUAUUCCAAAGGCCGAUGUUUUGCUGGUUUUGUUAUACUGCUUGAUAUACAUCUUGAAUAAAGUCUUAAUCUUUUCUUUAAAAAAAAAAAAGAAAAAAAAAAAGAAGAAAACAUCUUUAGUCCAUUCAGUGUAUCUGGCAGGCCAGAAUAAUUACUUUGAUCACUGUAUUAUUUUUAUCUCAAUUCUGGCUGACUGUACAUAGAUGUAUUCACUAAGUGCUGCAUGUCCUUCAUAACGUCUUUCUGUAUUAUGAACUGGAAAAAAAAUACAGCUACUGAACACUCUG